CAAGAUUUGAGUGACAAGUGCUUGGAUAUAUUAAAUUUAUUGGUUUUAUUUGUGUUUUCUACUUAUUUGUGUACAAGCGCAGAAAAGUGCAAUGGAAAUUGCUCAAAAUUAUAUGGGUCCUCACGCCACCCAGACCAUGAUCAGGAUCAACGAAAACGCGAACGUGGUUGGAACCAUUAUUGUUAAUCGCGAAGGAUUCCCAGAGACCACAACACUGGACAGCUUAACAGCCGCCACCUACUCUACGCACAUGAGGAGUCUAUCGAACUACGCGCAGAACGCGAUUAAGGAAGUGGAUGUGCUAGACGAGCUGGUAGUCCUCAGGAUGGUCUCCAAGAAGUCCGAGGCAGUGGUGGUGCCUGACGACGAGUUCCACAUCAUCGUCGUCAUGAGGAAAUCUUAACUCGAGGAGUAGGAGACAAGUAACCGCACCAUAGUUGACAUUUGGCUAAAGUGUUGCUGAACUUGAUAGCGAUCCCACUAUAACAUCUGACAUUUCUGUAAACUGGUGGUAUUCGUAGGUACUAGGUACGAAGCACGAACAGGUUUAGAUUUCAUGUUGAAGGUAAUCUUUUAAAUCUUCUUUGGAGUUUUAUUUGGUCGACUCUUGUUUGUUAGU